AUGGACACCCAAUUAGACAUCAUCAAUGGCCCUCCCCAACCACAGUUGACUUCCAGACUUCGUGUGCAAAAUUACAUCGAAGACACUCUGUCAACCGUGAUAAAUCAACUCACCAUAGACGACGGUGAAGGAGACAUAAGCAUCACACUCAAACGAAGAGCAACCAAUCCGGCUACGACCACCUUCCGUAUAGACGACACAACUGGUGCACUCCAAGCAGCUCGAGCAGAAACAACCAUCACCUACUCAUUUCCAGGAAGAGAUGGAUAUGAAGCGUGGAGGUUCGGUGCAUUUACCCGCUCAAUGAACCGAAAGAGGGUUGUCACAUCACUGACAACGAGAGCCGAUGGACUCUUGCUAUUCAGGGAUAUAUACUACAGUGACCCCGAGUUCUUUGAAUCUCAAAGCUUCGUUAGUCGAUUCGUUGACGACCUCGCGCUCACGAUAGGUGUCGAAAGGGCGGACUUGCACGUGGAAGCAGCUGCAAAGGGGCUCGUGGCAGGCUAUUAUCGAAUGACAACUGUGAGGAAUGAAGUUAUCGAUGUCCGUGGAUCAACGGAGGAUUGCCUUAUCCCAAGAGUACAGGACAUAGCGGACCUGGAUAUUUCGGAUGUCAGAUGGAUCCUAAUCAUCGAGAAGGAGGCCGUCUUCCGCCGCCUGGCUCGAAACAACUUCCACACGCACGCCGCAACAGGGAAAGGCAUCCUAAUCACAGGAAAGGGUUACCCAGACCUCGCAACGCGCUCUUUCACCAACAAGAUCUUCAAAAGUGUAACAGCACAGCCAGCCUCGGCCCAAUCGCCAACCUUCUACGCCCUCGUCGACGGCGACCCAGACGGCAUGGCCAUAAUGUCAACAUACAAAUAUGGCUCAAUGGCACACGCGCAAGAAAAUGAACGGCUGAACCUUCCUUCUCUGCGCUGGUUAGGACUGCGUACGUCGGAGGCUGUUGGCGGCUUAGGGCUUGAUGGGGACGAGGCGCUGAUGCCGCUAACGAAGAGGGAUAGGAGAAAGAUUGCUGCCAUGUUGAGCAAAAGUCCGGUUUGGGCAGUCGAGGGGCCUGAGACCGAAUGGCGAGUAGAGUUGCAGCGCAUGCUGGUGUUGAAUGUUAAGGCUGAGAUUGAGAUAUUACAUGAUCGGGAGGGUGGGCUUGAAGGAUGGCUUGAGCGAGAGAUGAGAAGCCAGGGAUUAUGA